AUGGGAUCUCAGAUUGAUGACAGCUCCAUGGUGAGAAACUGGCUUCUGUCUCACAUACUGACGCCUCAGACUCUCCACACAGACGAUGAAUCCGGGCCAACAGCUUGUGUCAUCAUUGCUUUAAGAGUUAGCACCUAUUCAUUCCAAGUUCGGAGAGCCGUAAAGAGCACAAGCCUGCAGUUUGGUUUGUUCAAACUCAAAAUUCUGUCGUCAUUUCACAUCAUCUGGGGAGUGUCCUGGACCAUCCUUUUGGGUGUCUGUUCAACCCGAUCCGACCAGAACCCGUACGUGUUCCCUCCUACCCCAUCCUUUAUCCCCCUCCCCACUCAUUUGGAAGUUCAUAAAAGUGACCCUCCGAUUAACCACAGUGCACUUUCACCACAACUCUUCCCUUUGAUGCCAAACAACACCAGGAGCACCGAGAGAACCAUGCCGGUUCCCAAGAAAGCAGGAAGAAAAGGAAGCAGUGCUGCAGAAGAAAAGGUACCACCUUAUGAGCCAAAUAUUCCUGAACCAACAACCAGGGCUGACUUUAUGAAACACUGGCUCCCUGUUUCUCUGGAUGAUAAAACCGCACAGAAGCUUCUGUGGAUUUCUGAGGGUGGCUCUAAGGUGGCUCGUACAGCUGAUGCAGUCUGUCCGUAUCCCAACAGGCCUGAGAGAUUUGACCACUCACCACAGGUACUUUGUAAGGAAGGGCUGCAGGGCUAUCGAGGGUACUGGGAGGUGGACUAUGACGGUUGGGUGGUGAUCGGAGUGGUCUCUGAGAGUGCUCCCCGGAAGAGCCAGGAGGGGCCCUGCGGCCUUGGUGAGAACAGCAGCUCUUGGGGCGUUGGCUGGUCAGGUUCCUGCUACCAAGCCUGGCACAAUGGUGACAACAUUGACAUCCAGCUCCCCCAGUCCAUCACCAUAGGUGUUUAUGUCGACCAGCCGGCCGGCAUCAUUAAGUUCCUCUCAGUGGGGGGAGAGGCUGAGGAGGUCCAACUAAUCCACAAGUUCAAGGCCAAGUUGACAGAGAAGGCUUUCCCAGGGUUCUGGAUUGGCACAAAUUCUUCCUGCCUUCUCCGAAAACAGGGGCAGUGAGUGACUGGUCAGUGAAAUUAGUGUUUGUGGUUGGCAAACAUAUUUUUAGAAAAAUGCCAGGGGAUUAAAAUCAAAUAUUGUGAUGCUUGGGGAACAAGAGUAGAAGCUUGGAAAGGAGUAGAUUGUUUGUGCUGUAUGGGAAUGCAUGAAAACAGCUUACAGAGUUCAGAUCACAUCCAAACAUGCAUAAAUGCUUCAUUUCAUAUUGUUUCUGUGCUUUUCUUAUCUGUAGAAUGGUAAAACUGUGUGUUUUCAUUACACUUACCUUGACAGUUGUGUCUGUAUUUUUUUAUUUGCUGAAUGUAGCCAAUAAACUCUACUUCUGUGUAAUUAUA